AUGGAGUGGUGGUUAAACGGAGGUGUUUGGAUGAUGAUGAUGACGACGACCAUCAUUUCUUUUGUUAAAGCUGAAGAUACCCUUUUUUACAACUGGAGGGUCACUUACGGCAAGAUUGCUCUAGACACUUUGCCUCGAAGGGGAAUCCUAAUAAACGGACAAUUUCCUGGACCGGAGAUUCGCUCACUCACCAAUGACAAUUUGGUCAUCAAUGUUCAAAACGAUCUCGACGAUCCCUUUCUCUUAUCUUGGAAUGGAGUGCAUAUGAGGAAAAAUUCUUACCAAGAUGGAGUGUAUGGGACGAAUUGUCCAAUCCCACCAGGCAAGAAUUACACUUAUGACUUUCAAGUCAAAGAUCAGGUCGGUAGUUACUUCUACUUCCCUUCCCUCGCCGUCCAAAAAGCGGCCGGUGGUUAUGGCAGCCUCCGUAUAUACAGCCUCCCUCGCAUCCCCGUCCCUUUCCCUGAACCCGCAGAAGAUUUCACCUUCCUCGUAAACGAUUGGUAUCGACGUAACCAUACGACUUUGAAGAAAAUUUUGGAUGGAGGACGCAAGUUACCGUUAAUGCCUGAUGGGGUUAUGAUCAAUGGCCAGGGAGUAAGUACUGUUUAUUCUAUCACCGUCGACAAAGGUAAAACGUACAGAUUCAGAGUAUCAAAUGUAGGGCUUCAAACCUCCCUGAAUUUAGAAAUAUUAGGUCAUCAGCUUAAGCUCAUUGAGGUCGAAGGAACCCACACGGUCCAAACCAUGUACACAUCACUCGACAUUCAUGUUGGUCAAACUUACUCUUUCUUGGUCACCAUGGACCAACCUCCUCAAAACUAUUCCAUUGUCGUUUCCACAAGAUUUAUCAACGCAGAAGUUGUGAUCCGAGCCACUCUCCACUACUCCAACUCCAAAGGUCAUAAGAUUAUCACUGCGCGACGACCUGAUCCAGAUGAUGUAGAAUGGUCUAUCAAACAAGCCCAGUCCAUUAGGACCAACCUAACUGCGUCGGGGCCAAGGACUAACCCUCAAGGCUCAUACCAUUAUGGUAAAAUGAAGAUUUCUAGGACUUUAAUAUUGGAAAGCUCAGCGGCUCUUGUGAAAAGAAAGCAACGCUAUGCCAUAAAUGGCGUAUCGUUCGUGCCUUCGGAUACUCCGCUGAAGCUUGCGGAUCAUUUCAAAAUAAAAGAUGUUUUUAAAGUUGGAACCAUCCCUGACAAGCCGAGAAGAGGAGGAGGAAUAAGGCUAGACACAGCAGUGAUGGGAGCACACCACAAUGCUUUUCUUGAGAUCAUCUUUCAAAACCGCGAGAAGAUCGUCCAAAGUUACCACCUCGAUGGAUACAACUUUUGGGUUGUUGGGAUCAAUAAAGGAAUAUGGUCACGUGCGAGCAGACGAGAGUAUAACCUCAAGGAUGCUAUAUCUCGCUCCACUACUCAAGUAUAUCCAAAAUCUUGGACAGCUGUAUAUGUGGCAUUGGACAAUGUGGGGAUGUGGAAUCUAAGGAGCCAGUUCUGGGCGAGACAAUACUUAGGUCAACAAUUCUACCUUCGAGUUCAUUCUCCAAAUCACUCUCCCAAAGAUGAAUACCCUUUGCCAAAGAAUGCUUUGUUGUGUGGUCGGGCCUCCAACAAAAACAUGUCCAUCAUCACUCCUUAG